AAUGGCUCGCUUCGGAGACGAGUCUGCUCCGGCCACGGUGGACUCCGGGGACGGGGACCCGGAGCGCGGCGGCGGCGGCGGCGGAGGCAGCGGCGGUGAAGGAGGCGGCGGGGACGCGCAGGACGCGGCGGCCGCGGCGGCCGCGGGGGGGAUGACGGCGUCCAUGAAGCAGGCCAAGGCGCAGCGGGCUCGGACCAUGGCUCUGUACAACCCCGCCCCGCACAAGCAGAACUGCCUCACCGUCAACAGGUCGCUCUUCAUCUUCGCGGAGGACAACAUCAUCCGGAAGUACGCGCGGAAGAUCAUCGAGUGGCCACCCUUCGAGUACAUGAUCCUGGCCACCAUCACCGCCAACUGUGUGGUCCUGGCUCUGGAGCAGCACCUCCCGGGAGAGGACAAGACGCCCAUGGCGAAGAGGCUGGAGAAGACGGAGCCGUACUUCAUCGGGAUCUUCUGCUUCGAGGCCGGGAUCAAGCUGGUGGCGCUGGGCUUCGUUUUCCACAAAGGCUCGUAUCUGAGGAACGGCUGGAACGUCAUGGACUUCAUCGUGGUGCUCAGCGGCAUCCUGGCCACAGCCGGAGCUCACAUGAACAUCCCGGUGGACCUGCGGACCCUGAGGGCGGUUCGAGUGCUGAGGCCCCUGAAGCUGGUCUCUGGGAUCCCCAGCCUGCAGAUCGUGCUGAAGUCCAUCAUGAAGGCCAUGAUCCCGCUGCUCCAGAUCGGCCUCCUCUUGUUCUUCGCCAUCCUCAUGUUCGCCAUCAUCGGGCUGGAGUUCUACAGCGGGAAGCUCAACAACAAAUGCCUGCCGUCAGUCGACAUCCUCAACAACGAGACGGUGGACUCUUCAGAGCUGGAGUUUGCGUGCGGCGUGAGGAAAUGUCCCGAGAAGUACGACUGUAACAACACCUGGAGCGGACCCAACAAUGGCAUCACGCAGUUCGACAACAUCCUGUUCGCCGUGCUCACCGUCUUCCAGUGCAUCACCAUGGAGGGAUGGACGGCCGUGCUCUACAACACCAAUGACGCUCUGGGAACCAUGUGGAACUGGAUGUACUUCAUUCCCCUCAUCAUCAUCGGCUCCUUCUUCGUCCUGAACCUGGUGCUGGGAGUCCUGUCCGGAGAGUUUGCCAAAGAGAGGGAGCGAGUGGAGAACCGGCGAGCCUUCAUGAAGCUGCGUCGACAGCAGCAGGUGGAGCGAGAGCUGAACGGCUACAGAGCCUGGAUAGACAGGGCAGAGGAAGUGAUGCUGGCGGAGGAGAAUAAAAAUUCAGGGAGAUCUGCGUUAGACGUGUUGAAGAGAGCGAGUAAGAAGACGGGAGCACGGAGAGGAGCGCCGGGAGACGAAAAAUACACCGACACGUCGACAGCCAGCAUGUCGCGGUCCAGGAUGAACUUCCGCAGCGGCCGCCGCGGCCCGGCCGCCUACCUGCGCCGUAAAGAGCGCAUGCUGCGGAUCUCCAUCCGCCGCAUGGUGAAGACGGACACCUUCUACCUGAUGGUGCUCAGCCUGGUGGCGCUCAACACCAUCUGUGUGGCCAUCGUGCACCACAACCAGCCCGACUGGCUCACCAUCUUCCUCUACUAUGCAGAGUUUGUCUUCUUGGGGCUGUUCCUGGCUGAGAUGUUCCUGAAGAUCUACGGUCUGGGCUUCCGGCUCUACUUUCACUCAUCCUUCAACUGUUUCGACUGUGCAGUCAUCGUCGGGAGCAUCUUCGAGGUGGUGUGGGGCUUCUUCCGACCCGGCAUGUCGUUCGGGAUCAGCGUGCUGCGAGCGCUGCGCCUGCUGAGGAUCUUCAAGAUCACCAAGUACUGGGCGUCCCUCAGGAACCUGGUGGUGUCCCUCAUGAGCUCCAUGAAGUCCAUCAUCAGCCUGCUCUUCCUCCUCUUCCUCUUCAUCGUGGUGUUCGCCCUGCUGGGGAUGCAGCUGUUCGGAGGAAGGUUCAUCUUUGAAGAUUACACUCCCACCAACUUUGACACGUUUCCAGCUGCCAUCAUGACAGUGUUUCAGAUCCUGACAGGUGAGGACUGGAACGAGGUGAUGUACAACGGGAUUCGCUCUCAGGGCGGCGUGCAGUACGGCAUGUGGUCGUCCAUCUACUUCAUUGUGCUCACGCUGUUUGGAAACUACACGCUGCUGAACGUCUUCUUGGCCAUCGCUGUGGACAACCUGGCCAAUGCUCAGGAACUGACCAAGGAUGAAGAGGAGGAAGAGGAGUUCUUCAACCAGAGGUACGCCCGAGGGAGAGACGGCCUCAUAUCUGAUGGCAGAAGAAGACCUUACCUGUACAGAAAAAGGGCGAUCCACCGAGGACGACCGCAGUUCCCGGAAGAGGCGGACGGCGGGACGGGCGCCGAUGAGCAGCCGCUCAACGGCUCCAGCGCCUUCGCCAACCGCCGCGAGAGGAGGAGGAAGGUGAACAUGUCGGUGUGGGAGCAGAGGGCCAACCAGCUGCGGAAACGCCGCCAGAUGGCGAGCAGGGAGGAGCUGUUCAGUAGCCCCACCGAGGAAACCAUCGAGACUCCCACCAUCCCCCACCAGCGAGCCGCCCUGUCGCCCGAGGCCAGCCCGGCUCACCUGCCCGAGUCGCCCAUGUCGGUGGGGAUGCCCCUGCCCGAACCCCCGAUGUCCAUCUCCAUCCCCAUCCCCGAUCCUCCGAGCGCCGAGCCUCUGGUCAAUCUGAGCGAGGAAAAGUCGGGAGCCAACCACCGCAAAGCCGGCGGGGGUGGCGGCCGGCACAGGAUGGCCCGAAAGUUCAGGUCCAGCCAGGGUCCGGAGGAAGGGGCCCGACACCGACGCCACCGGCACCGCGACGCCCGAGCCGAGGCCAAGAGUCUGGACUGCGUCCAGUCACCUCACGAGGCGCUGCACAUCAAACGCUCACUCAGCCAGGACAGGAAGAUACUGGACGAGCAGGAGGAGAAAGACGAGAGGGAGGACGAGGAGAGGCAGGACGGCGAGGGAGGGAUGGGCAACGACGACACUGGAGUCGGUAUCGUCAACCCGUACGCAAACGUCGGAGAAGAGCGGAGAAGGUCAGUUUUCCCAGAAGGUACUAGUUCUUCAGGCCGGGUCUGAUUCGCGGAGCUGCCAUUCAUCUUGCUUCCCGUCGCCAGCACCGACACGCCGAGCGGAGGCGGCGCCGUGGAUCCGGAGGCCUUGGAGUUCAGCGGCUGUGAGCGCGAGAAGCGUCCGAUCUCCCUCAAACGCAACAAGGCCCACCAGGAGGGCAGCGUGACCAUCGAGAUGUCGGCCCAGCCGCUGCUGGAGCUCGCGCCCAUGACAGUGAACAACAAAGACCUGGAGGCCUACCAUUCGGACCAGAGGGACGAAGAUGAAGACACGGAGGAGGAGGAGCCUCCUCGUCCUCCCAAACCUCCAGCUCCGGACAGCAUGUUCAUCUUCAAGGCCUCCAAUCCCAUUCGGAGGAUCUGCCACUACGUGGUCACUCUGCGCUACUUCGAGAUGACCAUCCUGCUGGUGAUCGUGGCGAGCAGCAUCGCGUUGGCCGCCGAGGACCCCGUCUGCACCAACUCCGAGAGGAACAAGGUCCUCCGGUACUUUGAUUAUGUCUUCACUGGAGUUUUCACGUUUGAAAUGAUCAUCAAGAUGAUCGACCAGGGCCUCAUCCUGCACGACGGCUCUUAUUUCCGCGACAUGUGGAACAUCCUGGACUUCAUCGUGGUGGUGGGAGCUCUGAUCGCGUUCGCUCUAACGAAUGUGAUGGGAAACAAUAAAGGCCGCGACAUCAAGACGAUUAAAUCCCUCCGAGUUCUCCGCGUCCUUCGACCUCUCAAAACCAUCAAGAGGCUUCCCAAACUGAAGGCCGUCUUCGACUGCGUGGUCACGUCUCUGAAGAACGUCUUCAACAUCCUCAUCGUCUACCAGCUCUUCAUGUUCAUCUUCGCCGUCAUCGCCGUGCAGCUCUUCAAAGGGAGGUUCUUCUACUGCACCGACAGCUCCAAGAACACGGAGAAGGAGUGUCAGGGCUUCUACAUUGACUACAGCAGGAACAAGAACGAGGUGAAGAAGAGGGAGUGGAGGAGGCACGAGUUCCACUACGACAACGUCUGCUGGGCUCUGCUCACGCUGUUCACCGUGUCCACCGGGGAGGGCUGGCCCGAAGUCCUGCAGCAUUCCACCGACGUCACGGAGGAGAACGUGGGGCCGAGUCGCGGGAACCGCAUGGAGAUGUCGGUUUUCUACGUGGUGUACUUCGUGGUCUUCCCCUUCUUCUUCGUGAACAUCUUCGUGGCUCUGAUCAUCAUCACCUUCCAGGAGCAGGGCGACAAGAUGAUCCAGGAGUGCAGCCUGGAGAAGAACGAGCGCGCCUGCAUCGACUUCGCCAUCAGCGCCAAGCUGACCCGCUACAUGCCCCAGAACCGGCAGACCGUCCAGUACCGGCUGUGGCACUUCGUGGCGUCGCCGUCCUUCGAGUACACGGUCCUCGUCAUGAUCGCCCUCAACACGGUCGUCCUCAUGAUGAAGUACCACUCGGCUCCCACGGCGUACGACACGGUGCUGAAGCACCUGAACACGGCCUUCACCGUGCUCUUCUCCAUGGAGUGCAUCCUGAAGAUCAUGGCCUUCGGGUUUGUGAACUACUUCAGAGACACUUGGAACAUCUUUGAUUUCAUCACAGUCCUUGGCAGCAUCACGGAGAUCGUCGUGGAUUUACAGUCCGUCAACACCAUCAACAUGAGCUUCCUGAAGCUGUUCCGGACGGCCAGGCUCAUCAAGCUGCUGCGGCAGGGCUACACCAUCCGCAUCCUGCUGUGGACCUUCGUCCAGUCCUUCAAGGCUCUUCCUUAUGUCUGCCUCCUCAUCCUCAUGCUCUUCUUCAUAUACGCCAUCAUCGGCAUGCAGGUGUUUGGAAAUAUCAAGCUGAACUACGAGUUUCACAUCAACCAGCACAACAACUUCAAGACCUUCUUCAGCGCUCUCAUGCUGCUGUUCAGGAGCGCCACCGGGGAGUCGUGGCAGGAGAUCAUGCUGUCCUGCCUGUCGGGUCAGGAGUGUGAGCCCGACACGUCUCUCGCCCCCUUCACCCAGUCUCCGGACCACGAGGGAGGCUGCGGGACCGACUUCGCCUACGUCUACUUUGUGUCCUUCAUCUUCUUCAGCUCCUUCCUGAUGCUGAACCUCUUCGUGGCCGUCAUCAUGGAUAACUUUGAGUACCUGACUCGGGACUCGUCCAUCCUGGGUCCUCACCACCUGGACGAGUUCGUCAGGAUCUGGGGGGAGUACGACCGCCUGGCCUGCGGUCGUAUUCACUACACAGCCAUGUACGAGAUGUUGACCCACAUGUCCCCACCUCUGGGCCUCGGCAAGAAAUGUCCGGCUAAGAUCGCCUACAAGCGGUUGGUGCUGAUGAACAUGCCUGUGGACGAGGACAUGACCGUCCACUUCACCUCCACCCUCAUGUCGCUCAUCCGCACGGCGCUGGACAUCAAAAUAGCUCGAGGCGGCGAGGACCGAGUCGCUCUGGACUCGGAGCUGCAGAAGGAGAUCAGCAUCAUCUGGCCCUACCUGCCCCAGAAGACCCUGGACCUCCUGGUCCCCAUCAACAAAGACACCGACAUGACGGUGGGGAAGAUCUACGCCUCCAUGAUGAUCAUGGACUACUUCAAGCAGAACAAGGCCAAGAAGCUCCGACAGCAGCUGGAGGCUCAGAAGAGCAGCCUGAUGUUUAAACGUCUGGACGCCUCCACGCUCCCAGAGGACAUCCUGUCCAACACGCAGCCGCUGCCCAUGAUGGCGCACAGCGCCGGCUCCGCCCUGACCAGAGGAGGCUUUGUGGCUCUGAGUCCCAUCUCUCCCCAGGAGCUGUUCCUGCAGCCCAUGAGCUCCGACAUGGACGGCAGCCAGCAGCAGAACCUGGUGGGCGCGUGCGGUGGGGGGAUGCUGUCGGUGUGGAGGGGCCUGUGUGUGCGGGCCUCCUCCAUGCCUCGUCUGGCUGUGGAGCCACAGGGGGAGGCUGCAGGCGGUUCCAUGAAGCGCUCGGCCUCCACCGCUGGAGACCAGCGUGUGAACGGCCUGUGGCAGGAGGAGAAGAGUCCUGAAAGAGUGUACCGACCUCGACACAAGAGCUACAAGGCUGCAGUGGCCCGGUCUGAGCGUCACAGUGAGCGAGGCCGGUCCAAGGAGACCUGCCACCUGCUGUCGCCCGACACGUCUCGCUGUAACUCGGAGGAGAGAAGCCAGCAGGCGUCUCGAUCGUCCAGCGGGGAGAGAGAGAGAGCUCAGGACAAACAGGGAAACAGCUCGGACAGCCCGGUGCCGUCCACCUCUGAGUCCAGCACUCCCAGCGGGCGGCGCCCUCUAUCGCAGACCCCGACACGCUCCCGUCCUCACAUCUCCUACUCGCCGCUAGUGUGCCGCACGCAGGCGGCGGCGGGCGAGGACGAGGACGAGCAGGGGAGCCCGGAGACGUCCAGGCGGGGGGCGUCCACGUGGGAGGAGCGGGAGAUGGCGGCGGGGGGCAGCGAGACCGACCUGCAGGCGUCGCCGCCGCCUCGGCGUUACCCCUCCGAGCCCUUCCUGGCCUCGCAGGACGACGAGCACAGCCCGGACCCGUCCGGCCCCAUGGAGACGCUGACCUUCGAGGCGGCGGUGGCGUGCAGCCUGGGACGCGCCAACACCAUCAGCUCGGCGCGCCCGCGGUUGCGGUCGGGCUGGCACGUCCCCAACGGACACUUCCGGAAGCGUCUGGCGCAGACCGCCUCGGUGCCGGGCUGCGACCCCCUGAGCGACACAGAGGAGGACGACCGGUGCUAGGGACGGUGCCGGUUCGAAUCCCGGCCGGGAGUCAUGGGACGAAGGGUAACGGGACCCGUUCUGCUUCAGUGU